AUGGCAGAAGAAGUGACAAGACCACAUCCUCUCAUUGCUGGUCGGGAGAGGGGGCCUGGACCAGGGCGAUAUGUUCUCCCUCCUACCAUCGGCUACAUAAACCACGACUACACCAAGCCCAGCAGUCCAGCGUACUCCUUUCACCGCCGCAUGAGCAGCAAAAUGCUGUCUGAAGACUCCAGUCCUGGGCCUCGGUACCACGUGGACAGCAAGAUCACUCGCUUCGGGAGAGAUGGCACUCCGUCGUACUCGAUGCUGGGUAGAAGGAAGUCCGGAGCCAAUACACUCCAAACACCGGGCCCAGGAGCCUACAGUCCGGAGAAAGCACCUCCGGUUAACUUGCAUCGCCGUCCACCGUCCCACACCAUGGGAUUCCGUACACGCUAUAGAAGCGUGGACGCUGUGCCCGCCCCCAACCGCUACACCCUGCCAAACCUGUUGGGCUCACGUAUUCCCAACAAGCCCUCCAGCGCCUGUUACUCCAUGUCCUGCCGGAUGAAAGCCGGGGCAUCUUCCGAGGACCUGGCAGCAACCCCAGGGCCGGCUCACUACAACAGAACGGACCCAAGCGUCUACAUGAACAGGCAGCCAUCUUUCUCCCUCCAGAGCCGUCAUAACAUCCCCACUGAUCCCAUGUGCAAGCCUAGCCCGGGCACUUACUUCCCAGAGAAAGUGACAGCACAUCUGCCCAGGCCACCGUCGUUCAGCAUGGGGGUGCGGCAUUCAGAGUUUGUCACACCUCUUGUCGUCGAAUUAACUGACUGAUUAACAACUACUUAUUGCUUAAUAACAAUUGAUGAAGAAAUGUUUUAUUAUAUGUGAAUUAUUUACAUAUUUUUUCCUUAGUUGACAUAUGA